AUGAAACCGAGAAAUUCAAACUAUGACCGAAAAGUCUCUAAACGUCACGGCAUGUUGUCUAUUAUCUCGACAUCAUCGGAAUCAUUUCGUCACUAUCUCGCUGAGAAUUCCUCACUGUCCUUCGGUACUUGCAACUGGCCGAUGCGAACGGGUUUAAUGUGCGUUUCGUUAUUAGCAGCAGUAGUGAUAAUGGUUGUAGCACCACCAGUAGUACUAGCAGUAGCAGUAGGUGUACCAUUACCGCCACGACUACCACCACCACCACAACAACAACACAAAUAG